AAAACAAAACAAUUCUUUGUUUGCCUGUAUGGAACGAUGCGGUUGGAUGCGGCGAAAGAGGUGACUUGACAUAAUGGUUUAUCAUCGUUUAUUGUAAUAUCUCUCCCUACUCUGUCCAACUUCGUAUAUAGAUACUUGCGGACGUCAUCAGUAUGCUAUAUUGACGUUGUAUAUCAUUGUGUAUACAUAUAUUGGAUAGUGCAGAAUGUUCUGUUGAAGUUGAACAUUUUAUCACGCUAGUGCACAAAUACAUUUUUAAAUAUGGUGCGGACAGUUACUAUGUAUAAUAUUGUGCUGGUUGUUUGCUCCUUCAUUGGGAUUAUUUAUGGUUUUGCUCUAAAUACUGAGGAAAAGUUGGAGGAUGAUUUUAUUACUCCACAUUACACACAUUAUGAGGAACUCAAACAGUUGUUCAAUUUGUUGGCCGAAAAGUAUCCUAGUUUGGCAAGAGUGUUCUCUAUAGGAAAAUCUGUGGAAGGCAGAGAUUUGUUGGUUCUUGAAAUCUCAGAAAAUGUUAGAGAGCGAAAGCUAGGUGAACCAAUGGUGAAAUAUGUUGCCAAUAUGCAUGGUGAUGAAGCUGUAGGCAGAGAAUUAUUAAUUUAUCUUGGCCAGUAUCUUCUACGCAAUUAUGGAAAAGAUGAAAGAGUUACAAAGUUAGUGAACAAUACCGAUAUCUUCCUUAUGCCAUCUAUGAAUCCUGAUGGUUUUGAAAAAUCAGAAGAAGGAAAAUGCGAGUCAAAAAAAGAUUUUUCAGGACGUGAAAAUGCAAAUCAUAUUGAUUUAAAUAGAGAUUUUCCUGAUCAGUUUGACAAAAGGACCAAUCAACUACAAAAGGGCAGUAGUAUAUUAGAUGGACGUCAAAAUGAAACUAUAUCUAUGAUGACAUGGAUCACUACAGAACCAUUUGUAUUAUCAGGAAAUCUUCAUGGAGGUGCUGUUGUAGCAAGUUAUCCAUAUGAUUCUGGAAUUACAAGAAGUUGCUGCAUUGAAAGUAAAAGUCCAGAUGAUGAACUGUUCAAAUAUUUAGCUCACACAUAUGCAGAUAAUCAUCCACAAAUGCAUGCAGGCAAUGCUUGUCCUUUAGACAUUUUCCGUGAUGGUGUUACAAAUGGAGCAUAUUGGUAUGAAGUUGUCGGAGGAAUGCAAGAUUUUAAUUAUGCUCGCUCUAAUGCAUUUGAGAUAACAUUUGAACUUAGCUGUUGUAAAUAUCCAAAUGCUUCAACAAUGUCAGAGCAUUGGAUAUUAAAUAAGGAAUCUCUUAUAAAAUAUCUUGAGCAAGCACACAUCGGAGUGAAAGGACUUGUAAGAGACAUAGACGGUCAACCAGUAGAAGCAGCUUCUAUUGUUGUUGAUGGUAUAGAUCAUAAUAUUUCAACCACGCCCCGUGGAGAAUACUGGCGUUUGUUAUUGCCUGGAACUUACUUUAUUCGUGCAGAAGCAUGGGGAUAUCAACCAAGUGAACCAAUAAAUGUUACAGUAGAACCUGGCAAACCAACCAUUGUCAAUUUUACUUUAAAACAGGAUUCCUUUGAAGACCAAGGAAAAUUUAAUUUAGAUCAAGUUAUAGAAAUUAUAAGACCUAUAGAUGAAUAUGGAUUUUUUCACAAUACAACAUUCAAACAUCAUAAUUACAUAGCUAUGGAAAGAUAUCUGAAGGAACUGAAUGCAAAGUAUCCAAAUAUUACAAGACUAUAUAGUAUAGGAGAGUCUGUUAAAGGACGACAAUUGUAUGUAAUGGAAAUAACAGAAAAUCCUGGAGUACAUAGUCAAAAUAAACCGGAAGUAAAAUAUAUAGGAAAUAUGCAUGGAAACGAAGUGGUUGGCAGAGAAAUGUUAUUAUUGUUAUUAAGAUAUCUCUGUGAAAAUUAUGAAAGUAACGACAGAGUGACAAACAUACUUAAGAAUGUCAGAUUGCAUGUAUUACCAAGUAUGAAUCCUGAUGGCUAUGAACUUUCUAUAGAAGGAGACGUAUAUGGAGAACGGGGGAGAGCGAAUGCCAAGGGUGUUGAUCUCAAUAGAAAUUUUCCUGAUCAAUAUGAAACAAAUAAUUACAAUAGACAGCAAGAACCUGAAACAAAAGCAGUGAUGGAUUGGAUUGCAAAAAUUCCAUUUGUAUUGUCUGCUAAUUUCCAUGGAGGAGCAUUAGUAGCAAAUUAUCCAUAUGAUAACGGACCACAAACUGCAUCUAUUGCUCCAAAUAAAAGUCCAGAUGAUAAAGUUUUUAGAGCAUUAGCAUUAGCAUACUCGAAUGCUCACCCUCGUAUGCAUCUUGGAGAACCAUGCCCUCCAAUUUCAAAUACACGACUAAACAUGCAAAGUGUACUCGAGGAACGCUUUCCAAACGGAAUAACUAACGGGGCUGCGUGGUACCCUGUUAAUGGCGGCAUGCAAGAUUAUAAUUAUGUCCACAGCAACGAUUUUGAAAUCACAGUGGAAAUAGGAUGUACAAAAUUUCCGAAUGCAACUGAAUUACCAAAAUAUUGGUUGGAAAAUAGGGAACCAUUUUUACGUCUUAUUGAAAUGUCUCGCAAAGGUAUACACGGCGUAGUACGUUCGUCUAUUGGUACCCCCGUGCCUCGAGCUAAAAUAUCUGUGGAUGGAAUUAAACAUGAUAUCUAUACAGCUGAAGGUGGAGAUUAUUGGCGCCUUCUAGUCCCAGGAAAAUACGACGUUACGGUUAGCGCCGUAGGAUAUGAAUCCCAGGUGCAAAAUGUAAUUGUGCCAAGUGGUGAUAAUAUCGGUGAAGGAGAAACAACGUUGGAUUUCACACUAAUGCGAGAUGAUCCCCAACACUGGUCAUCUGCAUAUGAUUUUCGAUUAAGAGCAAAUCUACAGAAUGUUUAUUUAAAAAAUCCAGAGUUAAGUGCUAGAUUUAGUCAAUUAGAAAAUCACCAACCAAAUAUUGCAGAAUUUCAAGCUGGGGAUUCGUUAGUCAGUAUGGCCAUUCAUUCUUUAAAGAUAACGCAUAAUAUGGGAGCACCAGAAGAAAAUAAACUUCAUAUUGGUUUAAUUGGAGGAUUAUUUGCCUCGCAACCUGUGGGUAGAGAAAUUUUAUUACGAUUAGCAACCCAUAUUCUUAUGGGAAAUCAGCUUGGAGAUCCCCCUAUACAGAGGAUAUUGAAUAAUACUGUUUUACAUUUUGUUCCUGGUGUAGACCCAGGGUUUGAUAAUAUAAUAAAUACUAAAGAUUGUAAUCCUAUUGUGAGUGAUGAAAUAGGUAAAAAACUAUUACAAAAAGACGGCAUUAAUUCUGAUAAAACAAAUUUAAUUACUAAAGCGUUCAAAGAAAUGUUAGCUAACGAGAGGUACGAUGUAAUUAUUAUGUUGGGAAGUGGAGCGCUUAAAGUUAGUUACUCGGACAAUAAUUUAAACGUAUAUAAACGUCUUGCUGAAAAUUAUGAACAUUCGUUGCAUAAAGGAACAUGUAAUUUUCUUAGUAACGAAGUUAAAGAAGUACAAGAUUACAUUCAAAAUGAGUACAACAUACCCGUAAUAAACAUAAAUCUGUCUUGUUGUAAAUAUCCACCUGCAGAAUCUAUUCCAAUUAUUUGGCGAGAAAAUUUACUGCCACUGAUGAAACUUAUCCAAAGUUUAACAACUGGCAUUCGUAUAGUAGUAACAGAUGUCGAUAACAUUCCUUUGAGAGAAGCUGUUAUUAAGAUUGGAAUGAAAAGUUAUCAUGUUUCGAAGAACAUGGCCUAUUUUAAAGCUAUUCUUCUUCCUGGUGAAUAUAUAUUAACAAUAUCCGCUGAUGGUUAUGUGGAGCAGUCGAUAAAAGUUUAUGUGAAAGAUGAAAACAUAAUAGAUCUCAAUAUUAAAAUGAUCAAACGUCAUAUAGAUGGAAUAGAACAGCAAGCGUACAAUGCAGACCCAGAACCAAAUGUUGUGAAUCAAGUAUUAACUGAUUUGAAUGAUAAGCAUUCACAGUUAUCAAUUUUACAUACAAUUGGUAAAUCGAAGAAGGGGACUAGAAUAAUGUGUUUAGAAAUUGGAGCUGAGAAUAAUUAUAAACGAAUAGGCCGACCAUCUAUUGCUUUUGUGGCUGGUGUUUCAAACGGUGUACCCGUAACUGCCAAAGUUUUACUACAUUUUGCAACAUAUUUAUUAGAACAUUAUAAAAAAGAUAUUAGAAUUACAAAUUACGUAGAUAAAUAUACGAUAUAUAUUAUUCCUGAUUUAUCUCAAACAUCGAACGGUAAUCAAUCUUGUUCUUCAUCCAUUGUGGAUGAUUUACAAUUUCCCAUUAAUAAUGCAUUAACUAGUGAAGCAAGCACUAUAAUUAAUUGGUUUACAAAAGUUAAUACAAUGUUAGCAAUAAAUUUAAAUAUUGGUUCGCAACAUAUUGAAAUACCUUUUGCGGGAAAAUAUGGCAAAACAUCUGAAAAGGUAUAUAAAACUGACGAAGAUGAUAUAUUAGAAGAUCUGGCAUUAACAUAUGUAAAAAACAAUGUUCAUAUGACUUCUAAAAAUUCAUAUUGUGAUCAUAAUCUGAAUAUAAACACGAAUGGCUUCGUUUAUGCUGGAAAUGGUAUCAGUGGAAAGAGAGAACAUUCUUUAAUGGAUUAUCUUUAUUUAAAUACAAGUACAUUAAUGAUAGAUGCAUAUGUUACUUGCUGUAACACAGAUGAUUCGAGAAAUGUAUGGGAGGAUAAUAAAGCUAGUUUAUUAGCAAUAGUAGAAAAGCUAAACGAAGGAAUAAAAGGAUUUGUUCUUAAUCAAAAUAACGAACCAAUAGAAAAUGCUAUUUUGUCAUGCAACAAAUCGAUGCACCAAGUUAACAGUGGUAAAAAUGGAGUUUAUUGGCUUUUACUUCAAUCUGGUAGUCAUGUUAUAACUGCUAAAGCUCCUGGAUAUGUUCAGCAGACUAAAGUUUUUGCCACAACAGAUAUACAUGAUAUUGCAAAUUUAAUAUUUAAACUAAGAUACAAUGACAAGUUUCUGGGAAUGCCUAGAAUAGUUUUUAUUAUCCUUAUAAGUACCAUAUGUUUGGGUGUAAUUGCUUGCAGUGUUUUCAUUUGUGCAAAUUGUCAGUCUUUCGAACAACCACUAAAAAAUAGUCGAAAAGCAUAUACAUAUGGUUUACUUAAGGAUGGUACUAGUUUCUUUGAUGAUGAUGAAAAGGAAAUUGAAAUAUUUAGAAGACCGUUAACUGAUCAUAUGCAACAAAAUGAAGUUACAAAACCAUAUUUUGAUGAUGAUAAUAUGUCGAGUUCCGAUGAUGCUAGCGAUUUAGAAUUUAUUAGACCUGGUCAAGAGUGGGAAGAUAAAGUAUCCAUGGAAAAUAGAUAGUGCACUUGAUAAAUGGGAAGAUUUUACAUUAUACCUAAGCGACAUAAAAAAAAAAAAAAAAAAAAAUAGAA